AACAAAGUGUGCUUUCCAUUAUUAAAACAGUCACGCAAGCCGGUUGAGCUACUGCUGCAGUGACUUAAGUGUGCUUUAGGUUUAUCGUCCUCACGGUUGUUUUUGAAAUGCCUCCUAAGAAAGCCUCUGCAGAGCCCACAGCUGUAAUCCCAAGUGAUUCGGAGAAUGAAAUCGCUGAGACAAAACCAGAUGCUUCUGAAGGCUCAGGCGCUAAGGCCGCUGCACGGAAAGUUUCUCAACACCCGUCCACGAUGGAGAUGGUUAAAGAAGCUGUAAAAGAGCUGGACUCUAGAAAGGGUGUUUCGGCUCAGGCCAUCCGGGGCUACAUCAAAGAGAAAUACACAACUGUGGAUGAGACACGGCUGAAGUUUCUAGUGCGCCGAACCUUGAACAAAGGCAUGGAGACUGGAGUGUUUGUGAGACCUGCAAAUUCUGGGUCGACAACAACCGGUGCCCAAGGGCGAUUUCGGAUUGCUGCCAAGACCAAACCAAAGGAGGCCAAGAUGCAGUCAAAGGAAAAUGCUGAUCCCAAUGUACAGGAGGCACCCAAAGCUAAGAAACCAAAGGCAACUAAAGCAAAGGGUCAAGGAGCAAGCAAAGAAAAGGCAGUGAAGAAAAAGGAGGCCGCAGAUGAUGCUAAGCCCAAGACGCCGGAGAAAGAUGGCGCUGCCUCGAAAGUGGCCCCUGCUAAGAAGCCAAAGGCGAAGAGUGCUGCAGUGGAGGGUGGAACUGAGCCCAAACAGAGCAAAGCUAAAAAAGCCUCUAAAGCAUCGAAAGGAGGUGAGGAACCAGCGGCUAAGAAACCUGGAAAGAAAACCACAACAAAGGCUGACGAAGGUACUGCAGCCGCUACCAAAGGCCCGGGGAAACGAGGGAAGAAGUGAUUCAGACACUGGCAGUGUUUUUAUUCACCGCAGUGUUUUAUUCGUGCACUUGUAUACCAAAUAAAGGAUUUUUACAUAUUUUCAA